AAGAUCGCCUGUAUCGGAACCGGCAAAAUGGCACAAGCCGUCAUUGAGCCCAUGAUUAAAAAGGGCGUGCAAUCCGCCGAGAACUUCUCCGUCUUUGACGUCAGUCCCAAGACGAUGGAGCAAGUGCACCAAAAACUCGGCGUCAAGACGGCGGAUUCCAUUCCCGAGCUCGUCUCCGGCGCCGAUCUCGUCAUUUGCGCCGUCAAGCCGCAGAACCUCACGCCCGCCUUUUUUCAAGAACUCCGCAAAAGUGACAUUCGACAGAACGCCAUUCUGCUAUCCGUCAUUGCGGGAAAGAGUAGUUCCGUCUUUACACAAGGCGGAUUCGAAAAGGUGGUCCGAUCCAUGCCCAACACGCCCGCCACCAUUGGUGAAGGCAUGACGGUCUGGAGUUGUACGCCAAAUCUCACCGUCGACGAACGCAAGAAAAUCCGGCAAGUCCUGAGCUCGUGUGGAAAAUCGAUGUACGUCGACGACGAAUCCUUCAUUGACAUGGCGACUAGUAUUUCGGGAUCUGGUCCAGCCUACAUUUUCAUGCUGAUGGAAUCCAUGAUUGACGCUGGUGUGCAUAUGGGUUUCCCUCGCGACAAGGCUACCACGUUGGUGUACCACACAAUGUUGGGAUCAACCUUGUACGCCAUGGAAACGGGCGAGCAUCCCGCGAUUCUCCGCAACAGCGUAACGUCUCCGUCCGGCACCACGGCUUCGGCCUUGUACGAGCUUGAAAACGGCCGUUUCCGGACCGUGAUCAAAGACGCCAUGUGGGCGUGUUACCGACGGAGUUUGGAAAUGGGCAAU